AUGUCCAUUUCAAACUCGACAUCAACAUCUGAUGACACGAUCACUUCGAUGCCAAUCGAUCGAUUAGAACAGGUCAGGUCCUCGGUUUCACCACCCCGUGUGUCAACGAAAACCACACCGUACAGCAUUACACACGAGACGAGCAAUACAGAGCCCAGUGCCAACCGGUGCUCUAUUCGCCCGAUCGAAAGAAGACAAUUUCAGCGCUUACCUAUUCCGACCGCUCUCUUUGUCGCCGCUGCUCACGGAGAUUCUACGGAAAGGACCAACGCUUCGGAGCUCCCUGUAGACGUCAAAAUUGUAUCAGAUCCUUCCAUCUACCAAGCUGAAUCCGAAGAGGAAACAGAGUGCUUUUCUGAUUCUCCAGGCCACUCACCGAUCUCGGAGUUUCGGUUUAGUCCAAAAAGCAGGUCACCACGAGCAGUCUAUGCAGCUCUUCGUAGCGGCUUGAAAAGAGGAAGACGUUCUCGAGAUAGAAUCACUCCAGGCAUCGUCUCAGGCCAAGUGCUUGAUCCUCCGCACUCACGUGAGCUACGCUUUAGAAUUCGAUCUGAGCCACAAGAACCUGUGGUGCCCAAAAAGAAGGUUCUCUCACGAAAGCCGAUCCCGGCAAAGCUUUUUCAGGAUCUCGACAGUCGGACAGAGGCAAAGCAACGGAGCUUUUCGGUUCCAGAAACAUUUUCUGUGGCACAUUUGAACAACAGCAGCGACGUCGCACUUGAAAUCGAACAAGGUAACACCCUCGGUCUAUACUUAUCAGGGAACCCCAAACAGUCUCAACAAAGUCAUCAAGAUCAGCAACUCUCUACAUCGACCUACGAAGCAUUGAUCAGUCCGACUCCGAUUGGCAAGAGUGACAACGCUGCACAAAAACCGUUCUCAGAAUCGGAACAAGAUUCAGCGUUGGUCUCGCCUGCACAACCACAACAACGUUUGAGAAGAACCACACGCUCAAUCUCAGAGUCACACGCCGAUUGCCGUCGAUUUUCUCUUGUCGGCAGUGGUUGUGCCAACGUUCACUCCGCACAUCGCACACAAGGCAAGCCUGUUGCAAGUAUUGGAGGUGCACUGUGUGAGCUAACGAGCUACUCCGACCACAGUAAUAGCGACACAGGCAGUGACGACAGUCAAACAUUUUCAAGAAGGGUCAGAACUCGCAGCGGAAGCGAACCGGUUCGUCCUACAUCAGCAGUGGUAGAAGAAGCGAGACGCUUAUCUGUCGGUCAACAGGCACCCAUAUUGCGACGAGUCUCGAGAAAGAGAGAAGGCGAGAUGCGGUCUGUUUAUCUAGCCCGAAAGUCUUCAUUACUCAACCAAUCCUCACCCACUUCAGAGAUCAGCUACAUGACGAACAGCCCGCAAAAGCAUUUGCAGCCUUUGUUGGUGCAAAAUCUACCUAUUGAUACGGACAAGGAAUCAAUUGAAGUGCUCAAGACACCGGAUCCAGAUCCAACAACAGACUGCGCCUUCGGAACUUCAAGCGAUCCGCUGUAUCCCCACGCCUUUCUCUCCUCGAGCAACCUUUCUCACGGUAUGUGCAGCACGGACUCAACCAGAUGCGACAUUGGCAGCUUCGGGCCGGCUGGGAAAAGCUCGUCCGAAACGUCAAUGGCUUCGCUGAUGGUUUUACAACAGCAAAUCCAGAUGAAGAACUUUCAGAGACAGUUCGCCCCUCCGGUUGCAGAUCCUCAUCCUUCGCCCGAACGUGUUGCUGCGGGGAAGCGACGGGAGAAAAGGGAUGUGUCUGAAGCGGAGCAGAAGUACGUCGCCGAUGUGGAUGCCAAGCGGAAAGAUUCAAGGGUGAGAGCUGAAGCGAUGGAGGAGGACGAGGGUAGAUUAGUGCGACAGUAUGGGGCAUUGCGAAUCAAGAAUUGGCCCUCGUCUGGGGAGGAAGCUGAGGAGGGAGGAGGGAGUCAAGGUACGAUGUACAGAGGGACCAGUAGCGAAGGAGAGGGGGGAAGCACAAAAUUGGGAUUGAGACACAUGUUUUCGAACCCGAUUCUUGCGGUCGAAAAGGAGGUCGAGGGAGGGAUGGGCUCUUUGAGGCAAAGACGAGCUAAACCCCCGAUCAGCAUUACUACUUUGCCUACGCAUCACCAGCAUCACCACAGCGCUAGUAGUAGCAGCAGUCACAGCAGCAGAGUCAGCGCAGACAUUAUCGGCGCGGCUAUAUCGCUUCGUAAAAAGCACAGUAGGACCAAUAUCCUCUCACCCACCACAAGCGCUUCGAUCCACUCACCACCACCCUGCCCACCACCUACGACACCUCUACCUCAACUACCUACACCGCGAUCUGCCCCCAUCGUUGCGAACGAUUCAGCAGCAAAGCAUGGGCUGAGCACCAAGCGAUCAUUCGUCCGUUGCUCUUCUACGCCUGUUUCUCCAUUCGAAGCCACCCAUCCGCAGGUUGAUGAACGUCACGCAGUGCGUGGAACGGCCAAGAGUCAAAGCUGCAACCUUCUUAGCCCCAUGCAGCCACUCACAGCGCUGUCUGCGUCCACCUCUAUCACCAACAGUGAGAGCGGCGCGGAAGCUUGGAAUGACACAACGACUGCCGAUUCGAGCGUAUUGCACACGCCUCCGCUGACGGGCGGACUUACAGCGCCGUUCUUCGACAAAACACGUCCUUCACAGCAACCGAAGACGCCGCUCUCUGCUCUUACCGAUAUAUCUGUAGCCACACCGGUGACAGCACAGCCAACAGCAGCGGUGGGUGAUAAGUUCGACUCUCUGCUCGCUUAUCUUUCUUCCAAGCCUCGCACUGGGGAUAUAGCGGAACAAAGUGAUGACAACAUCCCUCGCAUUGCAUGUAAAAGUUCGUCGAACCAUCACGGUCAAGGCACGAUCGCGACCGCUUCCGAAGGCGAUGUUACGCAGGAGCCAGUCGUAUAUGGCCUAGCCUUGUAG